AUGAAUGUGAACAAAAAUUUGCAUAAUAUAUCAGUGCUAACAGAGUUUGCUAGAAAUUUUGAGGAAGAUCAGACAGAAACAGUAAUAUCAAAGUUGGUUAAUAAAAUUUAUGAGGCAUGUAAUAAUGUAAAUGCUGACAUUGGUGGUGCUUCUACACAACAGCAAGCUCAAAAUGAAGACGAUAAUAGUGAAACCUCAUCAUCGGCAUCAAAUCCAUCAAGUUUAUCAAGCAGCACUACAUUAGAGCAGAAAAAAGAGCAACAAACGCCCACAGUCUAUCAAGUUGACACUUCGCAAGGCCGAACAUCAUUAAAUGUAAUCAAGCGAAUAAGUAAUUUGAUUGCACUAAGAGAUAAAGACCUCAACGACUACAAAAAUACGGAAUUAAAAAGAUUGUGGAUGCCUGACGAUAAAUCGCGCGAAUGCUAUGACUGUGCCUUGAAAUUUACAACAUUCAGGCGAAAACAUCACUGUCGAUUAUGUGGGCAAAUAUUUUGUUCGAAAUGUUGCAACCAAAUAAUACCAGGCAAAAUAAUAAAAUGUUCUGGCGAUCUUCGUGUUUGUACGUACUGCUCUAAAGUUGUCUUAUCAUACAUAAAAUCACCUGACAUCAAUGCUGAUUUAAAAUCGGAUCUUCAAGCUUUGGAAGAAGAUCUUUCCAAUAAGUUUGUUGGAUCAAUGAGCAGCAGUUCUAAUCAAAGCAGUUCAACUGAAACAAGUCCAAGUCAUCGAAAGGUUUCUGUUGGAUAUCAAGAAGAGAGAUUAGUAACGAAUACUAGUGCUUUGAGUAAUGCAGACAGAAAGACAAUUUUACAACAGUCAAAUACGUUAAAAUCACUUUAUGAGGACAUGAUAAAUUCCUUAUUAUCCACAACUCAACAGCAUAAAGGAAUUGAUUUAAUUAACUUUCUAAUAUCUAAUCAAAAAUCAUCAAAUAAACAACAAGCUGUUGCCGUUAUUAAUGCUAUGAUUGAAGCUGGUUUUAUGGUUCCAUUAUUGGUGUAUGAAAACAGCAAUGAAGCAACAAGUAGCGACACUUUUCAUGUUGAUUUUAAUGAGAAUUUAUUCUAUAAACUUCAAAAAUUGGAUGAGAUUGAAAUGGAAGAAAAUAACGUAACUGAUGCAGCAUGUACAGAUUCUUUAUAUGAUGAAUCAAUAAUUGAUGACAUAAUUCCACCAAGUAUGUAUGUUAAUGAGAAUAGUAAGGAAAAUGAGCUCCAAAAUUCAUUAUUAUUAACUGUUGGUUCAAAGCCCUUACUUGAAGCUUAUUUUGAGCAUGAGGAGCGUCUUUUUCAGCAAUUACUACGUAAUGAAAAUUUAGAUUUAUCAUGGUCAAAAGUAUUAAUUACUCAAUGUGCCAGAAUAGCUCAUACAAUUCAUCCUGAAUUUUCGAAUCGUACUCUUGAUUCUAUGGAUGUCCGUAACUUUGUUAAUAUUAAGAAAAUAUCUGGUGGAACUAGAAAUGAUUCAACAAUAAUUGGUGGUGUUGUAUUUAGUAAGAAUGUCGCGCAUAAAGAUAUGAAAAUUAAAAUUGAUAAUCCAAAAGUACUUUUGCUUCAAUGUCCAAUUGCUUAUCAGCGUGUAGAAGGGAAAUUUGUCACAAUUGAGUCAUUAAUUCUCCAGGAAAAGGAAUAUUUGAGGAACGUCACAUCUCGUAUUUUAUCCUUAAAUCCAGACGUGGUUUUGGUCCAUAAAAAUGUAGCUGGGAUCGCACAAGAUUUACUACGUGAUAAUGGAAUCACUUUGGUUUUGGAUGUUAAACUGUCAGUCUUUGAGAGGCUUGCAAGAUGCAUGCAAUGUGACAUUGUGACUUCAAUUGACUCAAAUAUUGGAAAACCUAAGCUUGGAACUUGUAAAAGAUUUUAUGUCAAGAAUUUCAUCGAAUCUAAUGGAACUGCUAAGAGUCUUAUGUUCUUUGACAUUCCAUAUAGUCAACGUGGAUGUUCCUUAUUGUUACGUGGCGGAACUGAAGAUGAAUUAGUGCGAUUGAAGAAAGUUUCGAGUUUCUUACUUUUUUCAAGAUACAAUUGGCGAUUAGAACUGUCUUUCUUGUUGGAUAGCUUUGCACAGCCGCCUUUGAAAAAGUCUAGCAUAUUCGAUUCCAUUGAUCAAAGUCCAGCAGAACAGAAAGUUCUUAUUCAUUCUAUAUCUGAAAUUUCAGAAACAUCAAAAAGUGAAAUUUCAAGAAAGAAUGUUGCUGACUUUUCAGAUCCAUUAAGAGCUGAUCCACAGACUUUUGAUACCAAUGUUGUAGAAUAUGUUGAGCUACAAGUCCAGGACUCAUUUGAUAAUAAAUUCAGGACAUCCUUAGCAUCAACAAUAUUGUCAAUAAGUCCAUUUAUUAAUUUUCCAUUGCCAUACUUAGAAAGUGAAACUGGAAGGAGAUGUGAUUUAAGGAAGUACUUUCCAAAUGAGCUAUUCUAUUCCAAGCAGUGGGCAGGCAAUAAAAGUGAGAAAAUUGAUAAAACGGAAAUUAAUUUGAGUGCUAAAAACGAUGAGGAACCAAUUAAUCUCAAACCUCCACAUAAAUUCUUAACAAUGAAAAUCACAAAGCCUGCAGAUGAUAAGGAUGUUCAAACUGCACUUGCUGACUUCCGAAGAAGUGGCUUUACAUAUCAGAAAGUCGCUCGAAUUAAGAUUAUUGAGAAGAAACCAGAAAGUUCUAAGCAUAUUUCACGUCAAAAAUCAUUUUCUGAUCAUUUAAAAGAUGCAUUUGACAUUUACAAUCAUCAAAGACUUCCAGUUUUAUUCUGUAGCUUCUAUUUAAAUAGUAAUAAGGAACUACCAACAUCCUUUUGUGCUCAACCUUUAUUACUGGACAUGCAUUUUUAUGGACAAGAUGAUAUUAUGCUUGGAUUAUUCCUCGAACGUUACUGCUUCCGUAAUUCCUACAUUUGUCAGUCAUGUAAACUUCCAAUGAUGGAUCAUGUCAGGAGAUAUGCACAUUCAAAUGGCGUCGUUCAAGUCAAACUGGAUGUUGAUCAUAAUAAGAGUGAAUCUUCAAGUAUUUUAAUGACUUCUCGAUGUACAAUUUGUAAUAUAAUGACUCAAAGUGUUCCUAUGUCUUCAGACACUUGGUGCUUAUCGUUUGCUAAAUUUUUGGAACUAAAAUUUCAUGGAAAUUUCUAUACACGCCGAAAUAUCGAUCAAGAUGAUACAAAUGUUAUGCCAGCAUGCUGUCAUUCACUGUAUCAUGAUCAUAUUCAGUACUUUGCAAAUAAUGGAGUUAUUGUCAGCUUUAUGUACACGCCAAUUGAAAUUUGGGAAAUUAAACUUCCACUUUUGUCACUUCCUCUAAAAUGUCCUGAAAUAAUUGACAAAAAAUCUUUUACUGAUAAAAUUAAGCAGUUCUCAGUUAAAGGAUAUGAAGUCUACGCAAAGAUCCACGAGAAAUUAGCAAAUUUAUCAACGGAAGUAAAAACGCCAAUGCUGGAAGAUUUAAAGAAGGGACUUCAUCGAGAUCGUUUAUUCUUUAAACAUCGUGUUGAUGUUGUCAAUCUUCUAUUAGGGUCAAAUGAAGUCUAUGAGCAUGAAAUUAAUGAUGCUAUUUAUAUGAUGCACAAGGAACUUGCAGAUAGUAUAGAAUUGUGGGGACCAAGAUUAAAUGAGGCAGCAAGUCAGCUUAAAAAUGCUCAGAAAAAUGAAUUAACUCUACAAAAUUCAGAGGUUCCAGAUGAUAUUGAUGAUUCAGCAUUUAGCAGUGAUGAUUUGGAAUUUGAUACAAGUGAAGGCAUAAUGAGUCGGUCGAUUGAUGAGCUACAAAACGAAAAGAAGGAUAAAAUUGAUAAGAAAACAAUCCGGAAACUAUUAAGCACAAUUCUCCCAUCUAGCUCCGAUCAAAAUCCACUUCAAACACCAUUUACAGUCAAUGAGCAUUAUUGCUUACAAAUUGGUCAGUUUCCAAUUCUUGUACAUGACCAAGAUUUGAGCUCAAUAAUAUCAUUCAGCCUAAUGUCUUAUGACUACAAGAAAUUGCUUGAAAACUACAUGCUUGCGUCAACUGAGUUUGUUGGAAAUAGCAGUCCUAAUUUAAAAAGGAAAAAUCCAAGUGACAGUUCAAUAGAAAUAGAUGAAAAGGAUGGAACAACAAGCAAGGAAUCAAAUGAUAAGAACAAGAAGAAUAAUAAUAGCCACAUUGAGAUUCAAUUCCAAGAUUCAACUACUCAAUUUACAUGCAAAAGUUAUUUUGCAAAGGAAUUUGAUGAUUUAAGGAACAAAUGCUUUGUGGUUCCAAACAAAACACAAUGUAGCGACGAAUCAGCAAUGAAUGAUGAAAUAAGAAAGAGCUAUGCUCGAUCAUUAAGUCAGAGUAUGCGAUGGGAAGCACGUGGUGGAAAAAGUGGAUCUAAAUUCAGCAAAACUUUUGAUGAUCGUUUUGUUUUAAAGGAAAUGUCUAAGCAAGACAUUGGAGAGUUUGAAAAAUUCGCACCAAAUUAUUUUGAGUACAUUAAUGGAUGUAUUCAGAAGAAUUCGCCGACUUUAUUAGCUAAAAUUUUUGGAAUCUACAAAGUAAUUAUUAAGAAAAAGGAAUCUGUGAGCGAGAAAGCUGUUUUGGUGAUUGAGAAUCUGUUUUGUGAUAGAAUAAUAGCAAAUAAGUAUGACUUGAAGGGAUCUGAACGAAAUCGAUUGGUUGAUCCGACUGUACAGAUUGGAGAAACUGUCUUGCUUGACGAGAACCUUAUCAAAUCUUCCUGGUCAAAGCCACUGUACAUUCUGACACAUUCUCGUUCAAUUUUGCGUGAUGCAAUUUGCCGUGACUCGAGUUUCCUUGAAAAGAACCAUGUUAUGGAUUAUUCGUUACUAGUUGGAUUGGAUGAGAGCAACAACCUGAUAGUUGGAAUCAUUGACUACAUUCGAAAAUUUACUCUUGAUAAAAGAAUUGAAUCGUACUUUAAGCAAGUUGUGGAUCAAACAAAAUUACCAACAAUAGUGUCGCCGAAUGUUUAUAAAAGUAGAUUUAUUGAAGCGAUGGAUCGAUAUUUUCUAGCAGUUCCUGAUCGAUGGGAGGAUAUAAUGAAAAAUAACAGUUAUUAA